AUGGCAAAAUACAAAAAAGGAAAGGAUGCAAAAAACGCUGAGACUGUAGUGGAUGAUGAAGAGGAAGAAGAUGGACCGCCGAUUGCGAGAAAGAUCUGUGAUACAACGAAAGAGAUCGAUCAACCGAUUCACUAUUCGCAUUUCUCUCUCUCCGGGAAACCAUUCUCAGCGAUGAACAAAGAAUUCAUUCCCACAUACAUCGAGGAUCCAAAAGAAUAUUUUGACGAGUUCGGUUUUCGAUCGAUCGAUGAAAGUCCAUUUCGGGACAAUUCACCCAUUGAAGAUUCAUCGGAAAAAAUGAAAUGGAUAGCUCACCUCGAAUUCGCUCAUAAUGAAAGUCAAGAGUUGAAAUGGUCAAAAAUCAAUGUGGAGAAGAUAAAAGGAGAGAAGAUGGAGGCUAUGAUAAAGCAUUCUGGAAUCCCGCACUCGAUGCGACCAUUUCUCUGGCCAAGGCUGAUCGGAGCUUAUGAAAAGGAGAAAGCUGCUGGUUACUCCUACUUGGAUGUCCUUCGACAAUCCGCCAAAGACAAUCCAACAGUCGGUGUACAAAUCGAGCGAGAUCUCUUGAGAACACUGCCCAAUAAUAUCUGUUUCUGGAAAAAGAACAGUCCUGGAAUUGAUGCUUUGAGAAGAUUGCUCAAAUCGAUUGCUUACAUUUACCCAGAUUUGGGUUAUUGCCAAGGAAUGGGCGUCGUUGUGGCCAAUCUUUUGCUUUAUUGCUCCGAGGAAACGACUUUUUGGAUGAUGGCCGCGUUGAUUGAGGAGAUUUUACCCCCGAAUUACUACAGCCAAUCUUUACUGGGAUUACAGGCAGACGAACGAGUGACUCGACAUUUGAUGAAAACUCAUGUUCCCGAUUUACACAAGGCAUUAGAGGACUACGAUGUUGAAAUUUCGCUGGUAACUGUUAACUGGCUGCUGACUCUUUUCGCAUCGGUGCUUAAAACGCGAAUUUUGCUACGCGUUUGGGAUCUCAUUUUCUACACGGGUGGCGUCACAAUUUUUCGGACAAUCAUUUCUGCACUAAAAAUGAGAGAGGAUGAGAUUGUCGAGUUGGCGAAUUCCACAAAGUCUUCAGCUGAUAUUUUCAAUGCGAUAAGUCAACUGCCAUCAAAGAUUGACAAUUUGGAUAGCCUUUUGGAAUAUAUGAGCUCGUUUGAAUAUACGAUAACCGAGCAUUUGGUGGCUGAGUUGAGAAAGAAACAUCAGGCAAUAAUCAUGGCCGACUCUGGAAUGAUCGUCAACACGAACACUGACACGAAUCUCCCGAAGCAAAAGAUGCAAAGAAGAAAAUUGACUCGAUCAAAGAGCAUUAUCUCGCAGAUUUUCAACUCGAAAGAGAAAGGAGAGGAUCCAAAAACGAAAAACAUUCGUCAAACGGAGAUCCUCAUUGAUUUGAAGGAGUCUAUUCUGCAGAUUUGUCGUUACUUUAUGCAAUGUGACGAGAAUAUGGAGCUAAAUAUCACGACACAGGCUGAUUACACGCCUGAGUCUCAUACGCACGAUUUGGAACGAUUUCAUGCGGAUGUGCGGAAAGGGAGAAAAAGAGCUCGUGCUUUGCUUGACUUUGCACGACAAGACGAGGAUGAAUUGGGCUUUCGAAAAAACGACAUCAUCACGAUAAUUUGCGAGAAAAAUGAGGAUUGCUGGGUGGGCGAAGUGAACGGACUUCGUGGAUGGUUUCCAGCGAAAUUUGUUGAGAUUGUUGACGAAGGCAAUAAGAAUUAUACAGUUUACGGGGAUGAAGUGAUUUCUCCGGAAAUCACCGAAUAUAUUCGAGGAAGACUGGCGAACGCUUUUCGGCAGGUGAUGGAGCACGGAAUUCGAGAAAAUAACCUCUAUCCAACUACUCCAUUUCAUCCUUGGUCGUUCAUAGAAGACAUUGCCUACUAUUCAGUUCAAAAGCAUUACAAUGCAGUGUACUCUCGUUUGACGCUUUGUAGCACUUUUCGACUGGAUCAAGAUGGAAAACUUUUAUCUCCCGAAGAACUACUAUUUCGAUCGGUUCAAGAGGUUAAUGACACUCAUAAUGCUGUAAAUGCUCAUCAAGAUGUAAAGCUUCGAUCAUUACUCGUUAUGGGAGUGAACGAACAAUGUCUACAUCUUUGGUUUGAACUCCUUUGUGGUAGUGUGAAACAGGAGGAAAUUCGAAAGAAGUUUUAUCACUCUUGGGCUUUCAUUAGGACACCGGCUUGGAGACAAAUCAAAUGCGAUUUACGACUUUUAUCCCAAUUCGCUUUCAAAUUAUCGCCAUUGUUCGAGAUUGAUGGCUUUGAGACGAAAAAGAAAAAGACUGGAGCCGGUGUUUUGAGCAGUACGAAGAAAAAGAUCAUGAACUCUGUCACAUCACCAAGCGAGAAAAAAGUGUUUGGCGAGGAACCGUUAAGGGAAGGAGUUUUUGGUGAAAAUUGUGUGGAGAACAGUCACCGACCGCUGCUGAAAGCCUAUCGAGAAUGGGUGGGUGAAUUUCAAAAAUAUGGCUGGCAUCCGUACUACGUUCACGGAAACGCUCUCAACUAUGCGAAAGCGCAAACGGGAAUCACACCACCGGAAUGCUUUCAAUUGUCCAAUGUUGAUGGAAAUGAAGUGUCAGAA